CAACAUUUGUUGUGGGUUCGGUUGCCAUGGAGUCUGUGUGUAAACAACGCACCUGAAUCUUGGAAUUUUUACCUACUAUGCAGGACUAAGCAUUUCGUUUUGUGCAACAAUGAGGGGCGUUCUCAAAUGGCUGGAACGCAUUGAGUUUCCCAACAGCAAAGAAAACGAGAUCAGUGUCCACAAUGUUUGCUAUGCUCCCGAUGGCAGCCAAUUGGUGGUGGCUGCGGGGGAUCGGCUGCUCAUCUACGAUCCCAACGAUGGAUCCCUCCUAAACACCCUAAAAGCCCACAAGGACACGGUUAAUUGUGUAGCCUACUCGAGGGAUGGCAAGCGAUUCGCCAGCGGAGCCUCCGACAAAAUGGUCAUCGUGUGGUCGCCGCAGCUCGAGGGACUGCUCAAGUAUUCGCACGGCGACUCGAUUCAGUGCAUGAGCUUCAAUCCCGUCUCACACCACCUGGCCUCGUGCUCCUUGUCGGACUUUGCCUUCUGGUCGGCGGAUCAGAAGGCGGUGCAGAAGUAUAAGAUUUCCGCCCGCGUGAAUGGAUGCUCCUGGACGAACGACGGCCAGUACCUGAUACUGGGCCUGGCCAAUGGCACCAUUUCCAUUAGAAACAAGUUGGGCGAGGAAAAGGGCCGAAUAGAUCGACCAGGUGGUCCCAACAGCAACGUCUUCAGUGUCCAGUGUUGUCCGGCAAGUGGUCCCGGUAGUGUGGACACCAUUGGCGUGGUGGACUGGAGUCAGACGCUGUCGUUUCACACCUUGAGUGGCCAGAUGAUUGGCAAGGAGCGAACCCUGGGCUUCGAUCCAUUGUGCCUGCAGUACUUCCCCAAUGGGGAGUUCUGUUUGGUAGGCGGCUGCACUGGAGGACUACAUUUCUUUACCAGGGAAGGCAUACGGUUGGGCACGCUGGGCGACAGCUUCGAUACCUGGAUCUGGACGGUGGCCCUGCAUCCGAAUGGCCAGUCCUACACCAUUGGCUGUCAGGAUGGAACCCUGGCCUGCUUCAACAUUGCCUCGAGCACCGUGCAUGCAUUGUAUCGGGAGCGAUAUGCCUUCCGGGAGAACAUGUGCGACGUGAUCAUUCAGCACUUGAUCUCUGGCCAAAAGGUGCGCAUCAAGUGUCGGGACUUAGUGCAAAAGAUAGCCAUCUAUCGGAACCGACUGGCGGUUCAGCUGCCGGAACGCGUCGUUCUCUAUGAACUGAGCUCUGGAGAGGAUCAGCCCAUGCACUAUAAAGUGCGGGAGAAGAUCCAGCAGAAGUUCGACUGCAGUUUGCUGGUGGUUUGUGGCCGCCACAUCGUCCUGUGCCAGGAGAAACGGCUCCAAUGUCUAGAUUUCAUGGGAAUCCUGCAGCGAGAGUGGAUCAUGGACUCAUUUAUACGAUACAUUAAGGUCACCGGCGGUCCAGUGGGAAGGGAAGGACUGAUGGUGGGCCUCAAGAAUGGCCAAGUGUUUCGGAUCUUUCUCAAUAACUCACUGCCGCUGCUGAUUACCACUGCUGUAUCUGCGGUCCGGUGCCUGGACAUAAACUCUAAGCGCAGCAAGAUCGCCGUUGUAGAUGAUGUGGGUCGUCUGGUGGUGCGGGACAUAGUCAACGACACGAUUUUGUACCAGGAUACGGGUGUGAAUAGCGUCACCUGGAACACGCAUCUGGAUUCUAUGCUCUGCUAUACCCAUACAACUGGAGGCCUAAGCGUUAGAGUGGGGAAUCUGCCGCCAAGGGCACCACAAAACAUGCAUGGCGUGGUGGUGGGACUUUGUGGAGCCACAGCUUUCUGUUUGCGCGGAAAUAUCAUGCACAAUACGCCAUUGGCCUUGGGUUCCACCAUGUGGCAGUUCAUCGAAGCUGGUUUAUUUGAGGAAGCCUACCAGGUUGCCUGUCUUGGUGUGACCACCAGCGACUGGGAAGGAUUAGCCCAGUCCGCUUUGGAGGCCCUUCAUAUAAAUAUAGCUCGCGAUGCCUACGUAAAAGUGAGGAACCUUCCGUGGCUCAAACUGAUCGGUGAGCUGCGAGAUCAGCAGCAGCGAUCGGCUGUGCCCAAGGAGGUCCUUCUCGCUGAGAACUGCGCCUUCGCUGGGAAGUUCAAGGAGGCAGCUCGUUUAUUCCUUAAAUGCGGCCAGUCAUCGAGAGCACUUGAGAUGUACACUGAUCUGCGGAUGUUCGAUCUGGCCCAGGAGUAUAUCAAGGAUGGGACUGCGCAGGAGAAGAAGGAACUGGUACGCAAGCGGGCCGAAUGGGCUUAUUCGGUGAAGGAGCCUCGUGCUGCUGCUGAACUUUUACUAUCAGCUGGUGAGAACCAAAAGGCCAUUGAGAUUGUUGCCGAACAGGGAUGGGCCGAUGUUCUAUUCGAUAUCGGACGUCGACUGAGUCUUACAGAACGCGAUGCUUUGGAGUCAGUGGCCCAAAAUCUGAAGACCCUCAAAGCUCUUCCCUUGGCUGCUGAGAUUUUCAAGAAACUAGGCGAUGAUGCUCAGGUUGUUCAGCUGCAUAUUGAAGUUCGUGACUGGCCGGAGGCAUUUCGUUUGGCUGAAUCUUUGCCAGAACUGCUGCCCACAGUUCACUACCAGCAUGGGCAAUGGCUGGCCGAAACGGAUCAGUUUAUAGAGGCGCAUCAGGCAUUUUUAAAGGCAGGACGCACCAAGGAAGCCAAUCGUUUGCUCAAACAACUGAGCAGUACAGCCAUUGUGGAGGAGCGCUAUUUAGAUGCCAGCUAUUUUUAUUGGCUGCUGGCCAAGCAAUAUUUAGAUGUAUAUCAUUGCAAGGAUGAACAAAAUCCGGUUGACCACCACCUGACAGAGUACAAAAAUCAUUUACGUAUUGCCAAGGUUUAUUACGCCUACAGCGUCAUAUAUUCUUAUAUGAAGGAACCUUUUACCACACAUUCCCCAGUGAGCCUGUUUAACGUGAGCCGUUUUAUACUCAACGAAGUGGAGCACAAAGGUGUGCCCAAAGGAGUCAGCAUGUUUUCGGUUCUUUUUACUCUGGCCAAGCAAGCCAAGUUUUUGCAGGCCAACAAGUUGUGCCUUCUUAUCAACAAACGUUUGCAAUCCCUGAAGCCACCAGCCGGAGUCCAAGAACAGAUCGAUCUCAAUUUUCUGAAUAGCAAGGCCUGCAAGAGUGGCUUCAACGAUCCAGAGGAGAUCCUGCCGCUUUGCUACAAGUGCUCGAACUACAGUCAACACUUGAACAGCAAUUGCUGCCCCACCUGCAGGCAGGACUACAUAUUCUCAUUCGUUUCUUUUGAAAUACUACCCUUAGUACAAUUUUAUCCAGAAGUGGAUAUAUCAGAUUCAGAGGCCGAGCGUUUGCUGCUGGCUCCUGCAAAGCAUGCCGAGGAUUCGGACCCAUUCAACGAGGAUGUGGCCAGUGCCUUGCCAUUGAGCCUGGAUCGCAAUGGUCUGCGUGCCAUAGAUCCCAAUCAUGUGCUAAUUCUCAAACGGAGAGGAAAGAAUGUUCGCAAUGUCUACUAUCGCAACAUUUUGCCCGAUUUACAGGUCACCUAUUGUCCCCAAUGUCUGCUGGUGAGUUUAAAGUUAAACCAAAAUCCAUAUAUGGUUUUAUAUGCUAUCCAUUUUCAGCUAUUCUAUGCCGAAGAUUUUGAGCUACAGGUAUUGCAAAAGGGUUAUUGUCCGUUCUGCCACACAUCAUCGGAAAAGCUGAUGGAAGACUUUUGA